AUGCUGACCAGAGAGCAGAUAGAACAUUGUUUAUCACAUUAUCCUGGCACCCCCUUCCAUCUCAGCAGAGCUGGACCAAAUGAUCCCAGCUUAAUUAUAAUGGGCAUGGCUGUAAACCCAACCCUAGAAAUGCAUCUGGGGGGUAAUAGUCUCAGAAAUGGGGUCACAGCAGAGCCAGGCCUAAGUGAAGUUAUGCGACAAUGUUUGUUGCCUGUUGGCGAUCUUUAUUUCCUCUUCUUAUACUGUUUUUCUUUUUUCUUUUUUUCAGAUCAACUUCCAUUAUAUAAAUCUUCCUUUUCUGCGUUCUGUCUGUAA